AUGGCAACAGAUUUCUGGGCAAGCUCGCACUACAAACGAUGGAUCGUGGACAGACCAGCACUCAGGCAAGCCCGCACUGAAGACCUCCAGUACGUCGAUGACCCACACCACCUCGACUUUUUCUCCGUAUUCUUUGCAAACGCCAUCACGAAGCUGGGCAAGAAACUGCAUCUCAAACAGCGCGUCGUGGCGACAGCCAUCGUCUUCUUCCGCCGCUUUUAUCUCAAGAACCUAUACUGCGAAACAGACCCGUUCAUCGUCAUCGCAGCCUGCUGCUACGUCGCCGCAAAAGCAGAAGAGUCCCCCGUGCACAUCAAAAACAUCCUCGCAGAAGCCCGCUCCCUCUUCGCUCACCACUCCUACGGCAUCAAGUCCUUCCCGACAGAUAACUCGAAGCUCGCAGAGAUGGAGUUUUAUCUCGUAGAUGAUCUCGAGUGUGAUUUGACCGUCUUUCAUCCCUACCGCACUCUCAUGGCGUUGUGCAAGAAGGAGACCUCGAGUGAUCUUCAGGCCGAGGCUGGAGAACUUGGCAUCGGCAUUGACGACGGGCCUCGGUAUUGGGGGAACGGUGAGGGUCAGCUGGAACUACCAGAUGGCGCCCUCCAGCUCGCUUGGUCGAUCAUCAACGACACCUACCGCUCCGACCUCUGCCUCCUCUACCCACCCCAUCUCCUCGCCAUCACAGCCCUCUACCUCACCCUCGUCCUCCACGCCCCCACCCGCCAAAUCAUCCACCUUCAACAUCACUCCCACUCCCACUCCCCCUCCCACUCCUCCACGCCCCCUCAGCCCCGCCGCUCGUCCCGCCAAGCCAGCCACGUCUCCGUCGGCAGUACGAUUGGCAGCUCGGGUAAGAAGCAGAUGCAGGAUGUCGUGGGCUUUUUCGCAGGGCUCAACGUGUCGAUGCCGCUCGUGGCCACGAUCGCGCAGGAGAUCAUCGCGCUGUAUACGCUAUGGGAGCGGUAUAGGGAAGAUCUUGGUUCUGAUUCUGGUAAAUCGUCUUUUGGGCAGACUUCAAGUCAAGGACCUACUUCCCCCUUCUCCGCUGGCACUCACUCGAGCUCGAAGCGGGGGAUGUCGGGUGGUGGGCGGAGUGGGAGCCUCAAUAGCUCGGUUCAUAGUAACGGCGGAUCCCCCGCUUUUGAGGCGAGGGACGACGCUAGCAUCGUCACACCUGCGCUGCUCAUGCAGGUCCUGACAAAAAUGCGAGAGAACAGGCUUUCAGACAUUGUGCAAGCUAACACGGCGAGACCUGUUGCCGUGAACAAGAUGCUCGAGAGAACUCAGGCGGCAGGGUAG